ACCCCGCCCCCUAACAGCGUCCAUUUUGGGCAAAGCAGGAAGUUGUCUUGUGGGGAAAACCUCAUGACAAACUAAACCGAUUCUUGUCAAAUAUCAAUAGACAUAUCCAUUGCUCUUUGUUUCUGUUAGAAUAUUGAAUCGUUGUGUGUGUUGCUGGUCUGUACGCGGAUCUGACCGUUUGUUUUUGCAGUUCUUUGCUUCACGCGCGUCGCAGAGGUCGCGACGACAAACGGAGUAAAUAAAAACAGCGUCUGCUGCAGAAUCGAGCGUGUUAUUUAUAAACCAGUAAGACCACAGUUCUGCUGUCAGGAUGGCAGACGACUUCGACGUUGAGGCCAUGCUAGAAGCUCCUUAUAGGAAGGGUGAAAGCAAGUCAUCUAGCGCCAAUGGUCACAAUGAGGAACGCAGCAAGAAGAAAAAACGCAGCCAUAGUCGUAGUCCAAGCCCAGGCCGACGGAGGAGUGGAAGCGGGGGUCGCAAAAAGAGCAGAGAGAGCCGCAGGAGCCGCAGCCAUGAGCGGAAGCCUUCACGGAGCAAAGAGCGAAAGCGUUCACGAUCCCGCAGUAAGGAUCGUGGUGGACGUAGCCGUGGACGCAAAAGCCCUUUUAUGGGGCAGAAAUUAAAUGGUGGUCCUGGAGGGAAGACCGGCCCACCACAUUUUCCCAAACACAGUCGAAAACGGUCUCGGAGCAAAAGCCCAUUUAGGAAGGAGAAAAGCCCAUUCAAGAAGGACAAAAGCCCUGUCAGGCAACCGAUAGAUAAUCUGAGCCCUGAGGAGAGAGAUGCCCGUACAGUGUUCUGCAUGCAGCUUGCUGCCAGAAUUCGACCCAGAGAUCUGGAAGACUUCUUCUCAGCAGUAGGAAAGGUCCGUGACGUCAGGAUGAUCUCAGAUAGAAAUUCUCGGAGGUCCAAGGGCAUUGCCUAUGUUGAGUUUGUGGAUUCAACAUCAGUCCCACUAGCAAUCGGCCUCACAGGACAGAGGGUGCUUGGAGUGCCUAUCAUAGUCCAGGCUUCACAGGCUGAGAAGAACAGGGCAGCAGCCAUGGCCAGCAUGCUCCAAAGAGGUGGCGCAGGGCCCAUGCGGCUGUAUGUGGGCUCACUGCACUUUAACAUAACGGAGGACAUGCUCAGGGGUAUUUUUGAGCCCUUUGGAAAGAUUGAGGGCAUCCAGCUAAUGAUGGACAGUGAGACUGGCAGGUCGAAAGGAUAUGGCUUCAUAUCGUUUGCAGAUGCAGAAUGUGCUAAGAAAGCCCUGGAGCAGCUAAAUGGUUUUGAGCUCGCGGGGCGGCCAAUGAAGGUGGGUCAUGUUACUGAGCGCUCGGAUGCCUCUUCAGCCAGCUCAUUCUUGGACAAUGAUGAGCUGGAGAGAACUGGCAUUGACUUGGGCACGACGGGUCGUCUACAGCUGAUGGCAAGACUCGCAGAAGGUACAGGACUACAGAUUCCUGCCGCUGCUAAGCAAGCUUUACAGAUGAGUGGCUCUGUGUCAUUUGGAAAUAUGCCAAAUGCUUCAGCAACACCUCCUCUUAUUCCCAAUCCUGGGAUGAACCAAGCUAUGAAUCUUCCAACCCAGCCACUGGCCACGCACUGUUUGCAGCUCUCCAACAUGUUCAAUCCACAGAUGGAAAAUGAACAUGGCUGGGACAUUGAGAUAAGAGAUGAUGUCAUUGAAGAAUGCAGGAAACACGGAGGUGUAAUUCACAUAUAUGUCGACAAAAACUCUGCUCAAGGAAAUGUGUAUGUAAAAUGUCCGACUAUCCCAGUAGCAAUGGCUGUGGUCAGCUCUCUUCACGGGCGGUGGUUUGCAGGUAAAAUGAUCACAGCAGCCUACGUGCCCCUCCCCACCUACCAUAACCUGUUUCCAGAUGCUGCCACAGCCACGGAGGUCCUGAGGCCCAUGAACCGGUGAUCCAGCCAGUGGUUUAGGCUCAGACCUCUGCCUCUUCCUAACCCUGCUUCAUCUGGAACCCCAAUGCAUCUGUAUAUUUACCGUACAACCGCUUCCCAAAUGAACUGCUGUGAGUCCGAGACAGUUCUGUCAUGGAGGGCCACCCAAUGUAUGAAACUAGAUCUCAUGGUUGGACUGUAUUUUCAUAUUGUAUUUUAGCUGGAGCGUGGAUCUACAGUUCGAAUCACCCUCUCUGUUUCGUCUGUAGUAGUUAACACAAAGUUCAGACCAGCUCUCAGCUUUAUGUACAGUGGUCUAUUGAUAAGUGGAAACCUAUAACAUCAUUGCCGUCUCCGGAUGAGCUCUCUUGGCUCCUGAAAACCGGUUUUGAAGGAGUUUCUGGCGUUUUCUUGAAAGGUAUUUGAACUUCUUUCUGUUUGGUUUUUCUUUUUAAGGUAUAAAGAAGGUGUCUUCGGCUGUUUGAGCUUCAAGUCAAACAUGUUUUCAUCAGUCUUGGUCUUUUCAUGACAGACAUUGUGUUGUGAUUUAUUGGUUCGUUGUUUAUUCUUCACUUUUAAGCAACCAAAAAAAUGUUUUGUUUUUUUGUUUUCUUCUGCAAAGAGUCUACUCGAGCUGUUAAGUUUUCUGUAACAACUUUGAAUUUAUAACUUUUCAUAAUCAAGAAUUGAUUUUUCUAAAAGUCUUCUACUGAUUAAAUAACUUUCACAACACUGUGUAACAAUGA